AUGGAAGAAGACAUGGAUGAGGGGCAGACCCAGAAAGGUAAAAAAAAAAGGGAUUUCAUUGCAUGCUUUGGUAGAUUUCCUUAAGUCAACUUGGCAUGGGUAUUUUUGUCAGUGCGAGUGGUACCUCUGCAGAGACAAUCCCCUCAAUGUUAGCCCUUCCCUUUCUGAAUAGCAGAGCAGCUGUUUGUGGUAAUUCCUUUGUCCAUUGAGUGUCAGCACUCCACUGAAGAGUGCACGUCUAUAUGAGCUGUUAGGGCUAGUCAGAGGGGUGUGAACUGCCUCAGUGAGGGAUGCACCGUCUUUGUUCACUUGGUAAUGCUUUCAUGCUUGUCGUGAUGGCUGAGAGGGAAACACGAAGAGUGAGGAGCCGGACCAAGACUGUACACUCAUUAAUCCAGCAGCUUUCAGGCUCUGUCCUUUGUGUAACAAACAGCCAGACGGUGUUCCUCGCACCGAUGCUUUGCAACCUUCACUGUGGAUUUGAUGCAGGAGCUGAGGUUUCUUUGGUUCACUUAAGAGGGGCAGUGUUUGCUUUGUUCAAAGUGAGAUUGCUAUUUUUACUUCACACACACCCCCACCACCACCAUCACCACCACCACUUUUUCUCUGCAUGAAUGAUUCAGUGUGGUAGAGAGCCACAAAAGCAAGAGAAGAUUUUUGUUUACAAGUGGACUGCAAGAUUCUGAAUAAAGACGUGUCUUCUGAAGCGGUCCAUGAAUCAGACAUGAUUAGAGGCUGUAAGUCAUGCUGUUGUCAUGGAUGCAGAGCGCACCUUUGUGCCGCUCCAUGUCGGAUUGACUUCAUGUGACAGCCAUGGCAUCAUAUGUUUGAGUUUCUCUCUCCUUCCUGCAAACCGGCGCUCCUCACAGGCACACACAUGAGCUGAAGCAGUUGCCAUGGUGCUAGUGUAGUCAUUAUCUAUUCUCCCGUCACCCACUCCUGCUGAUAAUAUUUCAGCAACACAAGAAUAGUUCACAGGGUUUGAAAUUCUGUAGGAGGAGGAGGAGAGGAAGACAGACAGAGGUACAGAGGCAGAGUGAAGCUGAUUUGGGCUUAACUAGAAAGUAAGGGGAGGAGAGCUAGAGAGGGUGCAAGACAGGAGAAGAGAGAGGUUUGGAGAAAUCUCAGAGGCUAAUUAAAGUAAAACAGAAAGACGAAUGCACAAAGAGAAAGGGGAUUUCAGUUCUUUUGAUUAAAGGAGUUGGAAAUAUUGCUGCAGGAUCAUCUGUGCAGGCGCUGUUCCCAUGGCAAUAUGUAAUGUUUGGCACAUGCACUGCCAACCUCACGGAUUUGAACGUAAUACUUUGUGGUCGCCAUUACUAGGUGUGUGCUCGGGCAUGUCUGUUCAGAAAGAGAGAUCUGUCAACCUUGGCCACUAACAUAAAUGCUCAUCCAACUGAAAGACGCAGCCAUGCAAACUGUGUGUGCAUUUCUGUAUGUCAUGCCCAUUUAUUUGGGUCAACAAAGGUUUGUAUACUUGGAUGCUGCAAGAGCUUCCAAUACGGCAACCUUUUCUUUAAACAAAGACCAAAAACAUACAGACAGAGGGCUAAAAAUGAAUUCAUAAGGGUUGGUAGGAGCAGCCUAUUUCAGAGAUGCAAAAAACAACAGUUAUUUUGAAGAUGACAUAAUAGUUUCCCCUCCUACUUCAAAAACUGCCAUGAGAAAGGAUGGCUUUGAGCACAAAACUCAAUAACUGGAAGCACAUUCAGGAUAUUAUGUAGGAAGUAUUAAAGUGAAGUACUUCGGUUAAGGUUCCCAUCAUUCAAAAUGAGCAAAAGAGUGUAUACUCAACCUGUUACACUUCAGGAGUGGGCAUCAAAUCACAACAAGCCAAAGUCACUCUCAGUAAUAUGGCCCUCAAUACCACUGACUACAAGUUAACAUGUCUUAAGUAGUUUCAAAUGAAUUUCAAUAAUUUGGCUGGUUUUAUUUCAAAGAGUUUCAGGUUACCAACCUUUUUUGGGCAUGUCCUUAGUAGUUUCAUGAACAUCUGAGGGGCCAAAGUUGGACCAAUUUUUAAAAGGUACAGCAUGUAGAAAUGGGAUUAUUCAGCAUUACUCUACACUGUAAUGCUCCCUUGCUCACCCCUCCCAUCAGCAGAGCUUGAGAAGCAACAGUGGUCCUCCAGGACAAGAAGCUCCUGUGAUGCAUGAUCAGUAUGAUCCUCUGUGGAGUUUUUCUAUCAAAACUUCUAUCAAUAAAAAAUCUUUUGUGCACAACAACCACUCUCUUCUUCUUAGCCUUUAAAUACUUCAGUCAUUUUUGGACUUGGUAAGCUGAGAGAAAAGACCAAACCAAAGUAAAAGACUAACUCAUGUCUUCUCAUAUCUGCUGCUUGGGUGGCUCUCCAUCAGUCCUGUGAUAAGACAGAUUGUUUUGGAUGUUCGUAAACAUCAUUCGCUCAUUACAUGCUCAGUCUUUAUUGUGAGCAGAAAUCUCUCUCACAUUACUCAGACGGUGUUUAAGUUUUAACUGUGUUUCUUCUAGUCAUAUGAAUCUCUAUUGAUUGCUUUUGAGGAAAUGCCCAAUCACGCUGUCAAACUCCUGUUUUUAUCUCUUCAACCUCCUUCCCCAGUUCACUGUGUUCAGAGAAUCCUUAAUUACCCUUUUUUUGUCUUGGUUUCCUCUGAUUUAGGCAUUAAAAAACAUCUUUGGCAUGAUGUCAGAAUGAAACUCUACAUAGUGAUCAAAUUUUUUGAUAUUUUAUGAGUCUUGUACUUUUAGUUUUGUUAAGAUGUUUAUUCCUGAAUGAAGGGGUUAGACUGUGGUGUACUGUUGUCUAAAAGUAAGAGGGUUGCAGGUUCAGAUCUUGACUGGGUCCUCUCCAGGUGGGCUUUGCAUGUAUGCGUUAGUUCCCUCUGGUUACUGCAGCUGUCUCUCAUGCUUGAAAGGUUGAUCUGUCACUCUGACUGACUGUCUGUGAUAUGCUCGCCCUGUGAUUGGCCGCUGACCUGUCGCCUAAACAGGAUGGGCGGUGGGGAUGAUGGAUGGACAAAUUGAAGUGAAUGUUAUUGAAUAUUUGUUAUAAAUUCAGUCAGCUGUUCCUGUUCAUUUGAAAGUGAGAUUAUGAGACAUCAUCUCGGAAGAUUUCUGGUUGAUCAAGCCCGACACGAUGUGAGAUUGAUAUCUUAGAGACAGCUAGCAUGGCUCAUUGAUUACCUGAUCAUGAGGAUCUUUCAACUGACUGGAAAACUGUCAGCUCCUUUUCCUGGUUAUUGAAGAGAACAGGUGACAGAAACAACCGCUCCGAUGAAGCACAGGGAAAUAUUUCAUUUUUAUUAAAUACCUAUCAUCCUUGGGAAGUCUGUAAGUGUUUGUUAGAAUUAUUGCUCAUUUUUAAAGGAAAAGGUUUGGACACUAAAAAGAACAUUAAUCCACUGCUCAUAUCCUCCGUCCUCUAAAACCAAGCGCUGUGACUCUGUUUUACUUUGGUCGUAACAGUUUUAAAGGCUCUUGAAUGUCACACAAAAGUGUUCACUGAGAUUACAGCCACUCUGUGAUCAAUAUAACACUCACUUAUAUUUCCAACGGGGAACUUUAAACAUUGUCUUUUAGAAAUUAUGUCAUUUCAAGAAGACACUUUUAACUGUUCAUUUUUUAAAUCCUCAAAUCCAUACUUCCGACCCAAAGGAGGUGCUGAUGUCAAUGAGUUUACUCGCAGCACGCUAAUACCUUCCUGUCUUCCUCUUCUGAAGCUGCAAAUCUCAGAUUAUGAGUCAGAUGCACCAGGUGGGUGCUGCUCACUUCAGUUGCUGGCCAACUGUAGCAGCUCAGAGCUUUCAGCAACAGGAAGCAAACCAACACCCUGCAGUCAAAAGAAGCAGGUUCUCUUAAUGUGGACAGUAAGGGGAAAUUAGCUCCGGUUUUUUCCCUGAAGAUCUGCAAAUGCACAUUUGGUGAUUCACGCCUCAGGAAUAAAACAAAAACCUUUUGGAGGUAGUUCACACUGUUGGAGCUGAAUGGAAAAACUGAGAAAGACGCACCUGUUAGCGUUUCCUGAGCCAAGAUUUGACUCUGCGAGGCACAGCUUGUCCUUCUGCUUGAUCAGUUUGAUCGGGGCGCUAACACGGCAAGAUGUCACAUGAGGACAGUUUAAUUGAUAUUGCGGUCGACACGCAUGAAACAAAGCAGAGUGUGCAUUUUUAUGAGCAAAACACACAGAAUUCACUUUAAAAAGAGUGAAGUAGUUCGAAUUCUGCUGCAGCUCUAAUAGGUUCACUGAGUUUCAUGCUCUUUAAAUUAAAAGCCGCAUUAGAAAUGUCAAAUUUGCAUUGGGGUUAUGACACGGUGGUUUCAUAAGAGGCUGCUUUGAAUUCAGAUGAUAAUCUAGACUGGACUUCUUAUACCUAUUGAGUACAUGUCUACUUAUUCUUAGAGAUAUUACAUACUAGAAAAUAAAAUAUUACUCGUAUUUUUACUUUUUUUUUUUAUUUAAAGUUCUGGCAUAUACAAGAAGUUUUUUUGACAGUCAUUUGUGUUGGUUUUCUUUCCUUAAAUUAAGCUAAGAGGAGAUAUAAAUAAGAGUUUUUGACUGAUGGCCUCUAUGCUCUACAACUCUGACAUAACAGCUUUAACUCAGAGUCCAGUAUCAGCUCAGUGAGCCCUGGUCAUGCUACUGUCCUUAACCCUCCUCCCCCAUGACUCUCCCCCCCUCGCUCUCUCACUCAUUGUUCUGAAGCCUAACCUGCCCCGGCCCUGAAGAAGUCAAGGGAGUUCCACCAAUUGUUCAAAUGAACUUUGUUGGGGGCUGUUAGUGGAGAACUUCAGAGGUCUUUCUUACUGUUCUCACAGGAAUGAGCGCCAAGAUUAGAUUCAAGAUACUAAGAGAGCAGGUGUUUGGUUAGUUUUAUUUUCAGAAUUAGAAUUAGAGUACUUUAUUUUCAUAUAAAAGACGGUAUUUUUGUGGAAAAGAUGAAUAAUACAGUGGAAGAUGUUGAGUUUUUGUUUAAUGAGGUGUUUCUGUCGUGAGGCUGGCGACAGAAAAAUAUAACUUUGUGCAUCAUUACAAAUGGAUGAUGACAAAUAAGCAAGAUAAUUGCAUUCACCAGUAGAGUUUAGAGGAUACAGCGUUUCUUCACUCUUGUAUUCGCUCUAAUUUGACUGAACGCUCUUUUUUUCAUUGUUUUGUUUUACACUGAAACACUUCUUUUCCCUAAACUGCACGCUUCAGAUGUAUAGACUGAAAGUAGGAGGAACAACCUCUGUCCCGUGAUGUCCUGACUGCAUGACGUUUGCCCCUCCAUUCCUGGAGUGAACUUGUCUCAGACAAAAGACACAUCUCUGCUCAGCAGUCACGCAGUCAUGCUCAGACUCAUCCAUCUCUCAGCAGAAAAAGAAAGAGAGGAAAUGAGCGGCUGAGCUUUCGGACCUGGCCUGUAACGUCCUUUUCACCCAGAGGGGGUUAUCUGAGUAAUGUGUCUCAUUCACUAUUGUCCCACUGAAUUUGUUGACAUACAGUAAGUGGGUCAUGGCUCUGAAGUACCCGGUCUAUUCUCAGAUUUUGUGCUGCGGUUGACAUGGCAACCAUACUGGUUGAUUAAACAUGCACGGAGGAGAUGGGGGCGUGUGGAAGCUGAAAAAACCUGCUUGCUUCAGGGGAAGGGGGGCAGCGCAUUAAAUAUAGGAAAGCAACGAGACUUGUAUACGCCCAUUACUCUCAGACUGACACAGACGCACCAUCCCCCCCUCUGAGGGUCUCUCCCCCUGUCUCUCGCUCUUUCUCAGCCUCCCUCUACCCCUCUCUCUCUAGGACCGGGCUUUCUGCCUCCCCUCCCCCACUCGAAAACUCCUCUGGUAACAAGAAACUAAUAAGUGCGAGCUGAAUGUGAAAAAAACGCAGUCUGAUUGGAUUCCUUGUGGUGUAAGUGAAAUUAACAUGCGGCAGACACAAAAUUAGAUUACCAUUCCCUUCACUGUUGGCCUUUUGUUUAAUUCUAUUCAUUUACUCUUCAAACACAUCAUCUUCUUCAUUUUCUGUUUGGCUAUAAAUGAACAACAUGCAAAAGCCUGAAACAGUCCUUUAGUCCUUAAAACAGAUCAGCCAGGAAAACCAUUUGAAGAGGGAAGCAUCAAAGAGACAAAACAGUCUUUGUAGGAAAAUUUAAUCCUGAAGAAGCUAAAAUGUGGGAUCAGACCAACGUUGAUGAGCCAUAUUCUGUUGACUGUGGGAUUAGAAAUUGUCUGAAAUGUUGCCAAAAAUAAUUCCAAUAAUUAACAUCAGCGACUAAAUGAGGUUUUCCUUUUUUUGGACUCUGUAUCUCCAGUCGCUUUGAUCAGGUCUGCAAACUUGAGCGUGACAAAACUGACAAACUAUGACUCAGUGAGUCACUGAGUAUGAUAGAGCUGAGGGGGCCAAGAACAUUUUGUACAUGUCUAUAAUAUAAAAGCUGGACUAAAUAACUUUAUUCAAACCCAGCAGUGACCAAACAUACGGUCAUAUAAAUCAUUAAACCAACUAAGACAGGAUGAAGAUGACUGAUAACUCCACCUUCUCAAUGAGACACAGAAAAAUGUUAAGGAUUUGUGACACAGGCCAUCAUUAAAAGUGAGGAAAGAAAGAAAGAAAGAGAGAAUUAAGAAAGAAGGAAAAAGAAAGAGAAAGAAUAAAAAAAGAAAGAAGGAAGGGAAAAAAGAAUAAAAAAGAAAGAAAGAAAAAAUGAAAAAAGAAAAAGAAUGAAGAAAGAAAGAAAGAAAGAAAGAAUUAAGAAGGGAGGAAAAAAUGAAAAAUAGAAUAAAAAGAAAGAAAGAAAGAAAGAAAGAAAAAAGAAAGAAAAAAGAAAGAAUAGAAAAGAAAGAAAGAAUGAAAAAAAGAAUGAAAAGAAAGAAAGAAAGAAACACAGCAAGAGAGAAAGACAAAAAAAGAAUGAAGUAAAGAAGAAAGGAAAGAAAGAAACAAACAAACAAACAAAGGAAAACAGAAAGAAAGACUGAAAGAAUGAAAUCAGAAAGAAUUAAGAAAGAAAGAAGGAAAGAGAAUACAAAAAGAAAGAAAGAAAGAAAGUUAUGUACCAAUAUUAAACAAUCAUUUAAUGCCAUAAAAAAAAAAUAGGGAAUAGGAGCACCGCUGGCCCAGUGGUCUAACUUCUUGCCUCAAGCUGACAGCCAAGGUUUGAUUCCAGCCUAAGGCUCCUGCUGUGCAUGUCACUCCCUAUUUCUGAUCUGACAAGUUUCCUAUCCUAUCCAAUAAAGGUACAAAACAUCUAAUAAUAAAAUUUAAAUUUAAAAUAAGAAAAAAAAAAAACUUCAGACAAGGUUGCAGGGGGUACAACAGGCUUCAGCCAACAUCACUGAAGCUCACACAGCAGAGCAACGUCCACCUCUUUACCCUCCUGCCCUGGCCAGGCUGGUUAAGCAGUAAGCAUGUGUUCACCCCUCCCACUUUGACAGACUGAAAUGAGGAAUGAUGGGUCAGUUAAGUGCCUGAUUCAUUCUGAUGUCCAUGUCUUGAGUUCUCUUGCGUAGAAAAGGGUCUGCAUUGAUCCAGCAUUUAUUAAAUGAUGGCCAAACUGGUGAAAAGGUUUAAUCACAAAAUCACUGACCCUGAAAGUGUCAGCUGAGAUUAAAAUGGACCAAAGUUGUAAAAAAGAGGACAGGAGAUGUUACUGUACAGGUCAUAGAAAACAGUGCGGCUCUGUGGGGGAAGGAGAUAAGUGAAGAUUAAAGGAAGCUGCUUUUGCUCCACCUACACCAUCAGCAAGAAUGACCCAUCACUCCAACUAGAAAACAUGAGUAAUAGACUUAAAUGAACUUAUAAGGCAAACAGGGCUGACUGGAUCUACAUUACUAAAGUCUGUGUCAUGAUUAAUCAAGUUUACCAGACUUCAUUAGAUCCUAUUGUGUUUUUAAAACCCUCUCUGUUUUUUUUUAACAAAUGGCACACUAAAUAUUGUGACAACACUAACAAGAACUAUAAACCGGCUAAAUCCACCACAUUAAAACCAGCAGCAAGUCCUUCAUCAAGAACCCCUGCGUCUACCGGACAUUGGAGUCAUGUUUUCCCUAAAUGACGUCCUCUCACUCUCAGCACUAUUUAAGGAUGACCUCAUCCCUCAUGUGAGUGCUGACCAAACCAGUGAGAGUCUGAGUGUGUGAGUGUGUUUGUGUCCCUUUUGCCUGUCGGAUGUGACACUGACAGAUGGAGGAGAAGUAGGAGGUGGGAGGGGCCUUGGGAGGGGGUCAUCCUUUCCCUUUGUAUUAGGGAGACGCCUUCUGUUGAUUGGGCUGCAGUGUUUGGGGUCAUGAAGGCUUCACGUUUUUUUUUCUUUUUCCCUGAACAGAAGCUUUUUUUUGUGUGAAUAACCAGCAACUCCAUCGUUUUCUGUGACCCUCUGUUUAAAGUUCAUAAUGUUUAGACUUGUUUCUCCCUAAAAAGAGUCUUUCUUGUGUGACUUGUUAAAAUACAAAACAACCUUACAUUGAUAAAAACGAAUCUUUAAACUGCAGCGUUUUUCAUUUUCUGAGUCAGAUUCAUAUUAUCAAAUUAGUCCAGAGAAUAACCCCCAGUUCAGGACUAUGAUAGACUUUAAACCUGACAGGCCUUCAGUGCUUUUGGGAUAGCCUCCAGAAAGGGGAUGUCACACAUUGGGGGGAAAGUGUACUGAGUGUACAGAGCCCUUAUGGUAGAGGGUCCCACAUAGAGAAAAUAAUGAAUGGCUGUCAAUGCAGGUAAGGCCCCUUAAGAGUCCAUCUUUAUACAGGCCCUUUUCUUUGUACGAUGUUCCCUUACAAUCCAACCUGCAACCCCAAAAUUAGGGUCUAUAGCUUCUCUACAUGUGCCGCUUAGACCGCUAGGCCAACCGAUUCCCCCAUUCUGGCCAAAUAUCUCUUUAUGUUUUCAGGUUAUUUGGAUUGUCUCACCAGAUUUCCCCGGGGAUGUGAUGUGUGUUCAGAUUGACUUUACUUGCCUAAAUCUGCUGGGAAGAUGAUUGGAGCCACACUGAGUUGAAUUUUUAACAUGUUCAGUAUCAAGUCGAGAGGGACCUGAAGGACAGCUGUGGAUUAUGACAUGACAUGUGACCACGAUCACUUGGGAAAUAAACCAACUGAUAAAUAAGGAAGCACAGAAACACAGUCUUUUUGACAAAACUAAACAAAGGAUCAACUCAUUGACUUGUCCUGAAAAGCAGAUAACAACUGAACUGACAAGCAGAGCAGCUGAGCAGAAAUUGUUACCACAGUAGAUGUACCAGAUAGCCAAGCAGCGAGCUCUGUUGAGCUUGACAACCAUGCUGUUAUCUGCCAUGUUUGUUUACUCCAAGGCCAUGAGAGACUGUGGGAGAUUUCCAGUUUUGAGAGUUAGGACUCUGGUUGUUAGUGAGUGGAAUCUGUCAGUGUGUGGUGAGGUCACAUUACUGCACUUCACACGCCUCAGGAACCAAACUGUUGAAUCUGCCAUAAUAUUUGUCCCUCACAUUAGACAUCCUUUAAGACUCAAACAUCCUGCUAAUGAAAAGGAUGACUCAGAUAGCUCCCCAUAUUACUGACUGCUUUUCAAAAACAAAGUACAGUACUCAAACAACUGUGUCAUUUUUUUCUGGUCUCAGCUGAAGUCUUUUAAGCCGUUUUUCCAAAUUGACUUGUUGGCCUGUACUUAAGAAGACAAGCGCAACUACACCCGUGAGCACAGAUCAAUCAAGCAAGGAUCUUUUAUUUUUACUUCAGGUAAUGUUGGACUAAGCAAAAGACAUGAAUAAUGAAUGCCAAAGGCUCGUGCUCUGCUUCACAGUGCCGCUUUUAAAUUAUGGAUCAAGCAUCCAGUAGCUCUUCGAGUCAGUUUUGCACCACCACCCUCCAUUUUUCACCAGCACCGUCUGCGAGUCAGUUAAGAUCAAUGAAGAGUUACAGAGAGGAAAUGAGGGGAUGUGCUGGAAUGAGACGGAGUUAAUCAAACUCCUAAAUCCAUAAAGCAAUCCAAGCGCGGCCCAAACAUAGUCUAAUGUUACCCUCAAAAUCCUCAGAACAGAAAGCUUGGAUGUAACAGGGAUGUUGUUGUUUUAUUAGUACACUUUUCUACCAUUCAGUAGCUGCAUUUGAAAUGAUUUCAUUUUGCCCCUUCCUAAUACACGUCUCCUUGCUAAAUGGAGUUUUUCCCUCCACCAAAUUAAAAGCCCAUAAUCAAUAAAACAUCACUCUUGUUACAACCACUCACUAAUGCUCCCAUCUUCUCCUGUAACUUCAUCUCUCACUGUUACCAUGGAAACAACUUUCUCUCUGUCAAGUCACAUUGAAGAUGUUGUUUUGUUGUAGCUCACGCUGUAUUGUGAUGCAAAACACCUGCCAGCUCUGUUAUUCUGCGCUGUAAUAAGCAGCUGUGACAUCGGACUAUUGAUCUGUUUGGUACAUCAGGGGCGAGGAAAAUGUGUUUAAAGAGCUGCAUGCGGAGUUCAGCUGGUUUAAUCUGUGUGCAGAAAUGUAAAUAAUGCAGAAGUAAUAAACCUUGAUUAAAAGUGGGAUAUGAAUAAUUUAUUUUAGACUUCAUUUCACCCCUCAUGCAAAGCACAGGCUCAAAAUAUUCCCAAAAUGUUACAGGCAGGCCUCACAGAAACACAGCAACUACUUUAUCCCAAAAGGAAACCGUUUGUGCACAUUGUAAGGUUGUAAAAACUGAAAAAAACACUUCAGGGGAUUUCUGCAGGAAGUUCUGAAUGGAGCUUUGCCAUUGUUGGCAUUAUUAGAAGUCCUGCUCUUUUGUGAUUCUGAUUGGUCAGUCAAGAAGUGACAUUGGUGAGCAUGGUGGUGUUCCUUAAGUAAAAUUAAUAGACUAUAAAUAGAAUUGAUGCCGUUUGCCUCCUAGCUGGGCGAAGCCACCGCGAGAACAGCACCCUCUGGUGACGGGUUGCAGUAUAGGUCAUAAAUCCCACCUUCUCCAGGAAUCCCAUAUGGAGCUGAGGACAAACUUUAGAAAUUUAUUACACAGAAUAUAAAUUUCCCUCCUCCCAGCUUGCGAUGUUGACAUGUAGUUACUGUCAGACUGGUUUGUGCUCAAGUCCUCUUUUUUCUGUGAAGCUCAGUUUUUAAGUUAUCAGGGGGUUCAUGUUUUCUACGAUUGACACUUGAUACAGCCUAUGGGUAUACGAAGCUUGCAUAGCUCACCCGAGGGAUACGCUGUUUAGGCCGAGUGUUAUCACAGCAACCCACUUCGACUCUCCUGCCGAAUGCGUACAACGCUACUGCGCAAGUGGUGGUUCUAGGAAGUGGAGAAAAUCCUAGAAUUACCGAGAGCGAUUCAGCAUUAAAUUUGUAUAAUGACGGAAGGCAGAGCCAAGUUGUCCAUAGUAUAUACAGUCUAUGGUUAAACCAAUUUCAAUUGAGAGAGCUGAAAACACUGAACUGUGUUUAGUUUUAAAAAUGCUGUUAACAAAACAGACCCUCUACACCACGGGUCUGGAUGGUGCUCUCUCUUAUUCCUGCUUAAGCCAUUGAGAGUAAAUGUGAGCACUCUUACUCACCUUGUCAGGAAGCACUAUCACAUCAGUAAAUCCUGUCACUGCCUGCCUCCCGAAACAAAAAGGUCACCGGAGAUAAUGAGUGUAAAGGAAGAAUUGGUGACACUCUCACUUUCUGUCUCUCAAAGUCAUCAUUGGUUCUGCACUCGACAUAUCUGGUUAUCUUGGUUUGUUCAGAGAGAUAUUCGUGCACGAGUGGCCAGUUACAGUUAAGGCAAUGUAUUGUGGAGAGUGUGUUUGUAAUUUUUCAGCAUUCACACAUUAAAUCUGUGAGCUGCCCUUUGGUACUUUGGGAAACAACUUGGAAAUGUGCGGAUGAGUCAGGUUUUUCAAUUGAACGAUGAAAAGGAUCGUGUAGCAUUCAUGAUUCGAUCAAAGAGGUUCAUUUUUAUUAACCGCACUCUCCGUUAGAGUUAACUCCUCGGUUUAAACUGUGUCCCACCUCAUCCAAAAGGCUGCAUUCCUCUGCAGAUGGGAAAUUGGAGGACCGAGCCAUUUAAACCUCUUGCAGGUUGACAGGCUCACACAAUUCAAGGUGUGAAUUGGUGUGAAACCACCCGGCAGUGAGUGUCAGAUGGCACUGUCAGUACCUGUUAGUCUAAAAGGCACCAAAGGUGAGGUGUUUCUUGGAUUUGAUAACCCAUUGCAGGUAAUAUCCCACUCCCUCUGGGCUAGGAAAGGGGAUGUGUUGGACAAACACCAAAGCAUAGGGAACAGUGGACUGUCAAGAAACAGCCACCAGUUGAUGUCUUCUUAAACCUACAAGAGUCUGUGUCCUUGAAAUGAACACCUACAGAAAACCUCUAAAUAAAGUGUUAGAGCUUUUGGGGAAAACAUCAAUUUGAGCACUAAUUGGACUUCAAUUAUGCAGACUUCCCAUAAUUCAAAACAGGGAACAGACUCAAAAAGCACUCAAUUAUUCCUUAUAGUUGGUUUGAUCUAAGAAUAAAAACUCAAACAGGAAAUCCAUAAAACAAAAGCGUCCAUUCUCAGCUUUCCUGGACAGAAAUAAGACGUCAAGGAAGAAAAGACGUUCCCUGCUAUAACGCUGGAUUACACAGUGGGGAUGCCGAUAAUCUAGGCCUGUCUGGGUGAGGGUCUGUGCUGCACCAUGCGUCUGAGUAUUCAGUACAGCCCAGCAGGCAGACUGGCUACUUGGUAUUCCGCUCACGUUUAGAUUAGAGGCAGAGGCAGGGAGUUGAGGAAAUGUAGGAAGAUGAGGAGGGGGGGACAUUUGCUCGGGCUCCUGCUUUGUAAUGCAGGUAAAGACAGUGAGAUAACCAUGAAAGAGACGGCGCUUAAAAACAUCCUUGAUGAACAAUUGUGGAAUCUUUUAUCCUCUGCACAACAGACAAUGAAAUGAGGACGGCAGAGUCGGUGCAGAUGAAAUAAAUAAUGGGCUGUGAUAUUGCAGGAACAGAUUGGAGGGAUUUUUCAUGUCUAUGAAGAUAGAAUUACAUGUGUGCAUUUACAUGUGUACCGAUUUGGACUUUUAUAGCACUCAUUGUAAUAAGCUCUUUAUUGUCAUUUAAAAUUGUUUGAGGAUUGGCUGGGCUUUGAGAAAGAAUAUGUCAGUGUGAUUCAUGUGCUGCACCGCACUCAAAGACCCCAUAGAGUCUGGUUUUGUUCCCCGUUUCCGAAUGUAAUAAACUCUACUUCUGUUGAUGUUGUUGUGCUCCGAAACGUGUGACUCAGUGUCCCAAAACACACAGUAAUACACAAGCCUGAUAGUGAGACUCAUAAAUUGAUGCAGUGCAAUGCAGAGCGCAAGCAUUUACAGACUCAGCAGCGAGUGUGAGUGCAGUCUGAGCAACAGUAGAUCGAAGUUGGAGCUGAGUGGUGAUUAGUCACUUCAGAGGCCCCUUGGGACAGCAAGGCGGGCAGAGAGGAAUGGGGUUAAGGGUCAGGAUUAGUAUGUGAAGCUUAGGCAGAGCUUUGGUCCUGAACAAAAUGUCAGAGUCCUCUGUAUGGCAGACAAACAGGUGCAAUAAAUCAGCUGCACAAAACAAGAGCAUGAAGGGAUCGUGCAACAUCAUUCCUGCAUGGAUGGAGACUGCUGAGUCCAACUUGACAUUUUGAAUGCUCCAAUGCUCCAAGACUUAGUCUAGGAGAAAUCAGCUCCCCGAACAUGAGGAAAAGCUCUGUAAUUUAGCUGUGGGGCACACACACUCCCACAACAACAACAACUGUCUCACAACUCAUCAAGAAUUACAGUACAGCGUGUAACUUGCAAAAAUGUUCCCCCAGAUUUUGUUGAACUGUCAGAAAUUGAAGGAAUCCUGACGUUUUAUUGUCCUUUUCUGUGUCUUUAGGAUGCCUGGAGUGCUGCAUCAAAUGCUUAGGGGGGAUCCCAUACCCAUCCCUCAUAGCUACUAUCCUACUGUAUGCUGGUGUGGCUCUGUUCUGCGGCUGCGGACAUGAGGCCCUGUCUGGUACCGUCACCAUCCUCCAGAACUACUUCGAGGUGGUGCGGAGCCCUGUGGAUGCACUAGAUGUCUUUACCAUGUAAGUAGAAACAGAUUUAAGAAUAAAUUGCUUUUAUUGACCUGAACAUCAGACCAACCAACCAAAUCUGUUUUCUUCUUCUCCAGGAUCGAUAUUAUCAAGUAUGUUAUCUACGGUAUUGCUUCAGCCUUCUUCGUCUACGGCAUCCUGCUGAUGGUGGAGGGCUUCUUCACCAGUGGAGCCAUUAAAGAUCUGUAUGGGGACUUCAAGAUCACCACCUGUGGACGCUGUGUCAGCGCCUGGGUAGGACCUUAGCUUUGUUGGUCUGCAUCAAUACUACAACAUAGGGCUGGGUGAUAUGGCCUCAAAUCAAAAGCACGAUAUAUUGAGCAGUUCACCUCAAUAACGAUAAAUGGAUGAUAACUACUCCACAAGCUGCUCCUACAUUAACUUCAUCUACUUCAGCUGCUACAACUUUUGAACCGUCCUCCAUCUCCUUACCUGUCUUGACCUAUUUAUUACAGACUUGUAUUUCCAGUUUACACACUGACAGCUACAAAAAAUAUUGCUCCCUGUAAAGGAACGGCCAAACCAAGCUUUUAGCUGACUGUUUCCUUUUGAAUGAAGUCUCUGCAUAAUCAGCCGCCCAGACUGUGAGGAUUUUUUCUUUUUAUUGCAACUGCAACUUCCAGGACUACGAGCUUCUCUUGCUGCUCCACUUUUCAGGACUCACUUGGUAUUUUAACAGUCUAAAUGUCAGGUAGUCCCUCAGGAAGUUAACCUCAAAGGUUGAGCGUGUGAAGGGUUCUGUAAGCGACACUUUUAUUCACCCGAUUCAUGCCUUGUGUUCCGCUCUCACUGUAUUAGUUCUCAGGGAUCCAAGCAGAAAGUCUUUGUUUUUAUACUCUGGGUGAGGUGAUGUCGAAUGACCACCCAAACAUUAGAAAUUACUGCUUUUCUGGAGGGCACAAUGAGAGCUAUGGACUAAUUGAUUUUAUUUAAAUACCAUAAUUGCAACAAAAAAUAAGAAGCAGUCUGAUAGAAAGCAUAUCGGGGAGCUUGCAGCAAUCCUAACGAGAUUAUCUCUGGGAUAUAAUUGCUUAGCAAAUAUGAAGCUCCGCAGGGAGGCGAAGGAAAUGAGCUAUGCUGUGGUACAUGUGGUCAUCAGGGUCAUUCAAUUUGAGCGUGUCUAAUCUCGCGCCCAUAGAAAUGUGUAAACCAAAAUGAGACGAGUUGGCAGAAAUGGGCAAGUGGUGGCUAGGGGACACCCCAGAUCUUAAAAAAGGGCAGAAAUUGACACUAGCUAAUUUGUCUUUCUUAAGAUCCAGUGCCCUGAUGUGGUGCCCUGGAACAGACCACAAAACCAACUACAUUUGUAUGUCUUUAAAUUGAAAAUUAAAAGAAGCUUCUACAUAGAGUAUACUGUAGCAAUGAGAGGGAGAAUGUUCUCUUUGGUCUGAGUCUGUGGAUGCUCUAAAGCUGGUGGGACAGAUAUUUAUGACUAAGCUGUAAAGGUCUAUGAGACUAGACUGAGUUUCUGCACAGGAUUAUAUAUGAGGUUGCAGAAAAUAAAGGUGCAGGCUGUGCUGAGCUAAAGCAGAAACAGGCAAGAUAUCUGCACCCUGAAACACAUGCUGUUCUGUUUUUUAUGAGUGACUGUCUGGGGAUCCCUGAAACUCUUACAGUUGAAUUAACGCAGAAAUUCAAUCAUGUUUCUUACCUCAUUUAGUAAAAUUGUCACCAUUACGUUUAAUUUGUGUUUCUCUGAUGCUGUUUCAGUUCAUCAUGCUGACAUACAUCUUCAUGCUGGCUUGGCUCGGGGUGACUGCUUUUACCUCCCUCCCAGUCUUUAUCUACUUCAACAUCUGGAACAUUUGCCAAAACGCUACUGUGCUGGAGGGGGCCGAACUCUGCCUGGAUCCGCGCCAGUAUGGUGAGGAUGGAUAUUCCGUCUCUAUUUCUUCACCCCCUACUGAUUUGAUCUUAGUACCUCAGACCUUUACUGCCCCAAAACUGCUGAACUCUUCCCAUAUCUAUGUCGAGCAGCUGCUUUUAUCCUUACUUUUGGCAAAGGUUGUAGCCCCUGGUUUGUUUCAUUGAAUAUCUCUGUUUGAAAUUCUGAGUUGGAUGGAGCUUUUUACCCGUUUUACUCAGUUAAAUUACAGAUUUGGGCCAACAACAGAGCCAACUCCCCCACUCUCAAAUAUUCUACUGAUCCACAGCCAAUCUCACACCUUACUUUCUCUAUUUCAGCUCACAUCUACAACAAUAAAAUGAUGUAAAAGGCCAAGUUUGUUGAUGAUGUUCAUAAUCGACGAUUACAAGAAUUAACAAUAUUGAAAUCCUGGACCCACUGUUUCUGCCAGUCUUGUAAGCUUAAAUGAUCCAGAAUAAUGUUACAGUAAUACAAGCUGAAGGUCCAUCACAUUAGUGGCUUAUAUGGCCAUCUCAUUAUUUUUAAUUAGUGCCUCCUCUUUCAGUCCAUUAGCCACCGGCAGCUACUAAUACUAACGGCCUUUGUGUCAACAACCAUCUCUGUGAGCGCCACCAUAUCGAGGCCUAUAGUAUAAUUUGCUUGUGUGUGAUUAUGAUUAUCUUUGGUUUACAGAAAACUACAUUUCUUAUGUGAUUAAUGCACAGGGCGUGUCAUUCCAGGUAUUGUGCCAAUUGCUGAAGCAAAAAAAGUGUGCGCUGGAUCAGAGAAAUUCUACAAGAUGUGUGAAUCAACUGAGGUAAGGCUAAAGAACAGAGGCAACAAUUAGACCAUGUAAAUAGCUUUGCUGCUCUCUCUGUGAUAACUCUGCAAGUUAAAGGUCCAGUGAGGAACUUACAGCUCUCUAAAGACAAAGUGUGACCUCUUAUUUCUUUGUUUCUUUUCUUGAUUUUGACCUGUACAUGUGUUAUGUUACAAAUAAGCUGAGCCCACUCUAUUCAAACACUCAAAUAUAUGACUCACUGAGAAUCUUUACCAUGUAAAUGUCAAUGCCUAACCAUGGCAGAGGCAGACACGCUGCAUUUAGAUGUACUGACUGAUGUCCACCCCCUGUGAGUGAGGUAAAACAUUAGAAAUAAAUACAAAGAAACAGGAAAUCUUCAUGUGGAUGGUCCUGCCUACUUUUAGGUUCAUGUGGAAACGUCAGUAUUUGUUACGGUCUAUUUUACAUCCAGCUGAAAAAUCCUCAGAGGAGCUUUAAGUUUUCUACUUGAGUAAAAUCAUACAAGAAGAUUUGCUAGAUUGAAUCCUAAUAAUUACCACAUUAUCUGCCACAACGCAAUGUGAUAACUGACGGCAAAACAAUAACGCUAAUAAGCUGAAGGUUCAUAAGUGGGCUUGCAAGAUUAGCAGAAAUGUCUCCCAGGAUCUGGAGGACUAAACUGUGCUGUGAUCUGUUUUGUUUUCGACAGCUGGACAUGACUUUCCACCUGUUCAUCUGUGCCCUCGCUGGAGCAGGAGCUGCUGUUAUUGCUAUGGUGAGAUGCUGAUAAAAUCCAAACAUUUCUAUCAAAGAGUAAAAGACAAAACAUUAAAAGUCAAUUACUUGGGCAUGAACGAUAAAGAAAAUGUUUUAAAAUCAAUCAAAAACAGCGAGGUUUGAUACUCUUUAUAAUGGAUGGAUGGUUUUAUCCCUGCAGGGAUAAGAGUACGGUGUUUGAAAACAGGGUGACUGAGGGGAAAGAGUGUGGCUGGAAAACAGCCUGAUUGUUGUGGCUGGUUUAUAGCCGGUGAGAGAAUAGCUGUAGUUGAGGAGAGAAGGCAUUUUGGUGCAGUGAAAAAGACAGGGUUUGCCUCCCUCCCUCUCUCAGAGGCGCCAGGCAUGUCAUGUCGUUGUCAUGGAAACAGGAAGAAGAAAGGCUUGCAGAAUGUUGCAAACAUCACUCAGUAAAUCGUGAGAGGCCAUUUUCUGAGAAACAGAAAGUGUUUCCUACUCAGGGAUGAUUCUGCAAAUUGCAAAAGGACAUCCUUGUUUUUCUUCGAGCCGACAACAGAGAAAAUUUCAUCGCAACAAAUUCACACCGAUGCACGCCAACAGUGAGCUGCUGUCAAGACCAUCAAAGCUGGAGACUCAAAAAAGCGUCUCAGAAACAGAUCAGAUUCGACUUCUGAACUUUGAGGUGAAAAGGAGCAGUGCACACAAAAUCAUUAGCGUAUUCGGCGCUUUUAAUACCGAAGAGAGCGCCGCUGAUUAAAAACAUUAUUUCACGUUUAGAGAUAGCUGUGCAACAACGUCAGUUAUUAAAGCACAAUACCUUCAUUAUAACCUCAGCUGCCAUGGUAACGCAAGUGCAAGACUACAUCUGGCAUUAUGCUGCCACCUGCUGGACUACAGGAAAAAUCCUCCUUAGUUUAAGUCCACUCACAGAGGACUUCAAGUCUAUUUACUACAUUUAAGAUUUACAUCACAGAAGUCUAUUUUAUCGGGCUGCAUUCAAGACAUAACGAUAAAGAAAAAUAUCAGAAACUAAUCAUAAUUUUAGAAACGCAGUGGAAUAUACUGGGUUUUCACAUACAGGAAUUAACAGUUGACUCUGACUCUACAAUUACAUCACACAGUUGAAUGAUAUGUAGUUGAUCAAACAGUGUUGUAGGUGGGCCAUGAGCCGAGAUAAACUAGUGAAAGAAAACAGACUUAGAGGGGAAGACACGGUGAGAGUUUUAAAUUCAACAAUUUUAUCUUCCAUUUGUGGAAUAAAAGGCAAAAACAGAUAAUCAUCCAAGUGCUGAAUAUCAGCCCUGAGUCUAUCCCAUGAAUAAAGUCUAUCCUGAGUGAUUACUGCUUUAGCUUUUUCUGGUUUUACUCUGACAAUAAGUCUGUUUCUUUUUUCCCAUUAUAUUUGAUUGAAAAAUUACAAUUACAUCAAGUUUAUCUGGUGCACUUUUUUAAAAAGAAUUCAACACUGUUCCCACACUUCAUCAUUUCCCUCCUCCAACAGAUUCAUUACUUGAUGGUGCUUUCAGCCAACUGGGCCUAUGUGAAGGACGCGUGUCGAAUGCAGAAGUACGAGGACAUCAAGUCCAAGGAGGAGCAGGAGCUUCACGACAUCCACUCCACCCGCUCUAAGGAGCGUCUGAACGCCUACACAUAA